AUGCAGAUAACAAUUGAUAAAGCUAAAGUGGACAUAGAUAAAUUGAAGCAAGAAAAUGAAAGUUUAUAUAGUGUCAUUGAAAAGAUCUCCCCUCAAAGAAAAUUUGAGGACAAAGGGAAAUGCAUUACUGAGGUAGGAAAAUGGCAGCAAGAACGCAAGCUUAAAACCUUGGAAACGCGAGUAGAACAGGCAUUGUGGUUCAGUGAAUCCUUUGGGCUAAAGUUAGACACAGUUAAAUUGGUCGAUCACUUGGGGAAACCGUAUUUUCUCUCAUUUGGAGAAAAAGGAAGGAAAUCCUACAAAGAUCUGCCCACUGAAGAGCAGCAAAAAAUUCAGGAGACAUUACAUAUCAUGGACAAAUUUUGCAUCAGUGAUGCUUCCUACCAUGAACUGUCCUGUUGUCCAGGAGGAGAUGAACUUCCUAGAUCAUAUCUCAUCAAGCAGUGCAAACAAGACUUAAACAAACUCGUCCAUAUUGAAAGGACACCUGGAGAAGCAAAUGGGGCUGCUCUUAAUUUCCAGGAUGAGUUAAGGGUGGUCAUUGAAGGGAUG